AUGGCUUCCAGCUCUUCGAUUCACAAUUCACCCUUUAGCUCAAAUGCACGUGUUGCCUUUGAACUCUAUUACUCUCGUUCAGAGAACCGUAAUAGGUUUUACCUCACCGAACCGGAACACUCACUUCCGUUUGCAUUCUGUUUGAACCGCGCAAAACCAGCGAAAUCUGCCAGGGAGGAUGACUUCAAGAGCAGAGCUAAGAAGGAGUUCUUUUUAUGUGAUGUCAAGCUAUUUAAGAGACGUAUCGAUGGUUCUACUGAUGGCGCCAGGUAUGUUAUCAGGCCCAACGAGGUAUUUGACGCGAUUGUAGCGGCACAUUGCAGCAAUCAACAUCCGGGUAUCGACAAGAUAUACAAGAACAUCAAGAACAGAUACUAUGGAAUUGUUCGAGCUGAGGAUGCGAUAAUUGAACCGAAUUCAAAGAUGCCCUUAUCAGUCUUCUACGGGAACAUGGGAUUCAGAUUAUCAAUGGCAGACCGCGCCAACCACAAACUCAAGGACUAA